CUUUCUUGACUACUGUCUGAUCUUGCAGGGAUUUAAGACUGAGAAGCAGCUUGGAGGAAAAAGCAAAUCUGCACUUUUGAGAUCUGAAGUUCAAUUUCUCUGUGAUUGAUUUAGCAUUUACGCUAUGGCACACAAGUUGAUAAUCACUUUGGUCUAUCGAGUGGGAUAUAGAAGAGCUUCUUCUCUGUAUUCCAGGCUGCAUUCAACCUAUGUCAAGAGAAUGAGGUACAUGUCGGAGCUAAAAGACAAUGACGACGCUUGCAGGAAAGCCUCUAACUCGGGAACUUUCUUCCUGUUUCACAACUACUCUCCCUUCUUGCAAGAGAAAGGAAACAUGCUCCUGGCGCCAAAGUUAAAUGCAGCAGAAAUUAAGAGGAUUCUAGAGAAGUUCAGACAGAGUGAAGAAAAGAUAGAGGAUUCCAUGCUGGUUGGAUGUUCAAAUGAGUGCAGUCCGUAUUUUGCUUUGGACCUAGGAUCCUUGGAAAGAUCUGCCCUUGAAGCUGAACUCAAUGGAUCAUUUGGGGAAAUGAGGAAAGCUUUCUUCCACUUAGAAGAAGAAGAAGCCACUUUGAUUUCCACGGCUCAGGCUCUCCUUCGUUGGCAUGACAACAACCAGUAUUGUGGGAAAACUGGACAGCUCACAGUGAAGAACCUGGCUGGAAGCAAACGGGUUUGUCAGAGCAGUGAAAUAAUCUAUUACCCACAGAUGUCUCCAGUUGUUAUUACUUUGGUGUCUGAUGGGAGUCGAUGCCUUCUCGUACGGCAAGCAUCAUUUCCUAAAGGGAUGUACAGUGCUCUGUCUGGCUUCUGUGAUAUAGGUGAAACUCUGGAAGAGACACUCCGGCGAGAAGUGGCUGAAGAGGUGGGGUUAGAGGUGGAGUCUGUGAGCUAUUCUGCAUCUCAGCAUUGGCCAUUCCCAAGCAGCACGCUAAUGAUUGGCUGCCAUGCCCUGGUGAACCCGCAACGGAGCAAGAUUAAUAUCAACAAACAGGAGCUAGAAGCUGCCAAGUGGUUCAGCCAUGGGGAAGUGGUGAAGGCUCUUGGGCAGAACCCAAAACCUUCCAAAGACAAGGAUGACAACCUCUCAUUUUGGGUGCCACCUAAGCAAGCCAUAGCCCAUCAGCUGAUUCAGGAAUGGGUCAAAAAGCAAGCUCCUAUUUAGAGACACUUACUCAAUCAUUUACUGUUCCAGGUAAAAAUCCCGAGUGCCUGUUGGCCUCCUAAUUUCAGUGACUCCCUAUGUUAAGAUUUUUUGCAGGACAUUUAUAGGCAGAGAGGGUGGUUCCAUUUCACACGUUUGCCUGAGGCUAAAGAAUUUGUCCGUCAGAUCCUGAAUGGGUUUGUAAGGGGGGGGGGGAAGGGAUGCUGCUAAGGGUCAGUGGCUCCUCCCUACAGCUUCCAGUGUUUCAGAGUUCUUGAUGGAAAUCAUUCCCAAGUGCUUUUCUAGAGUAUAACUGGUAAGUCAGAGUUGACCCUAAGUUUAAAGCAAUGGUUACCAGCCUUUUCGGGCUCAUGAGCACAUUUGAUUCUAUGAUUUGCAAUUGUUGUGGGCACCGCACCCACCCACCCACUGGCCUCUGCUGUUGGCAACAACAGAAUGAGUAUUUCAGGCCCAAAUUCAGUGGGAAAAGGAGUGAGGGGCAUGGAUGCUGUGGGCAGUGCCAUGUUGGCAAGCUCUGGUCUGAAGACUCUCCCGAUGUUUUGUAAAGUUAUUUGCUAGAUACAAUGCCAAAGUUCCAAUUAAAAACAAAAGCCUCUCAAAAGCUUACGCCACCAGAAACGUGAUUCAUUUAUUUUAUUUAGUGACAUUUAUAUGCUGCUUAAUUGUACAAACUUCUAAACAGUUUAAAGCCAGCCGGCAGCUGAAAAACGAAUACUCUAGAGUUAUUUGUAAAGUUCACUUUAAUAA